GAACCACAGAUCUGUUGGUGCAUAGACAGAGGAACCAGAGCAGCCUGUGCGUGGAUCAGAAAAAAGCCUCCACUUUAAAAGCAUCCACGCACACACAGCUGGACUGACCCGGCCUGUGCGGGGCAGUGGGUCUGGGUCUGGGGCAGUGGGUGUGGGGCAGUGGCGGCUCCGUGGCCUGGUGUGAGCCGGAGGAUCAGCUGCAGACUAACCGAAGCCUUCGAGAUGCUCCGAGCCCUCUGGAGCUGCACAACAACACCGUCACCGAUACCGGCCCGGGGACCCAGCUAUGCUUUUCAGACGGAGAGCCAGAAUGUUGCGAUGGCUGGUGUGUGGGCGGUUGGGUCCAGUUUGGAUGUGGAAAGCACUGCUGCUCUUUGUGGCCAUUGCUUUUGCUGGACAGCUGCUGGGAGUCAUCUUCAACAAGAGCAGUGUCCAGCCUUCCACUCGGUCCAUUUUCUCCUCCCCUGAUGCCCAAGGGCCCUCGCUGGGCUCAUGCCAGCCCCACACCCACAUCAUGUUCUUAAAGACCCACAAGACCGCCAGCAGCACCGUGCUCAACAUGCUGUAUCGCUUCGGAGAAGAGCGUGAUCUCCACUUCGCUCUUCCGCUGGGCUACCAGUUGGGCUACCCCCUGCCUUUCAACGCCCACAGGGUCAAAGGUUACAGAGGUCCGAGGGUCGUGGAGUUCCACUUAAUGGGCAACCACAUGAGAUUUAAUAAACCUGAGGUGGAAAAGGUCAUGCCUGCAGACACCUUCUACUUUUCCAUCAUCAGGGACCCGGUCGCUCUAGCAGAGUCCUCCUUUGCUUACUAUAAAGAAGUAGCACCUGCCUUUCGAAAAGCAAAAGGCUUGGGUGAUUUUGCAGAUGACCCCAGGAAAUACUACGACCCUCGUCUGCGGAACAAUCACUAUGCCCGUAACCUGCUGUGGUUCGAUUUUGGGAUGGACCACAAUGCUAACUACUCUGUGGCACUAGUGCAGCACGGGGAGGCCAUGGUCCGUCAAGCCUUCAAGCUGAUCCUAGUGUCCGAAUACUUUGACCAGUCAAUGAUCCUGUUGCGGCAUGCCCUUUGCUGGCCACUGGAUGCAGUCGUCUCUUUCAGCCUCAACGCGAGGCAGCAGAAGACGAGCAGCAUGGGGGGCAUGAGUGUGAGCUGGGUGGGAAAAGCAGCUGCGGCGGCGGCGGCUGGCGUUGGCGUCAGAAGUGCACGUUUACAGGCAAAGAUGCUGCCCAAUCUGUCCUUAACUGAGGAACAGCGGGAGAAGCUGCGAGAGUGGAACGCCUUAGAUUGGUCUUUAUACAAAGCCUUCAACAAGACUUUCUGGGAGGAAAUUGCUAGGUUCGGUCACGCCCGGAUGGAGCAGGAAGUUGGUCUUCUCAGGAUGCGCCGUGACGAACUGGCCCGGGUUUGUCUGAGGGACGGUGGGAAGCCUGUGGAAGCCCACCGCAUUCGGGAUAAAGCCAUCCGGCCAUUCCAGAGCGGAUUAGUGAAGAUUCUUGGGUACGAACUUCAACCGGGACUGGACAAUGCCACCAGGACAGCCUGUUUAAGAAUGAUAAGGCCUGAGAUUCAGUACAAAGAUCUACUGGAUGCCAAACAGUUCCCUAGGGCUCCACCACUCCAAGCUCUGCCAGCACAUCAAGCCCAGGGGAUGCUGAUGAUAGCUGGAGGCUCUUUAGUAAGACCAGACUCAUCAAGGACAGGUGAGAGGCCAGUUGUCCCAGAGGUAGGGGGGAGGACAGCUGAGGAGGGGGACAGAGAUUGGAAUAGAAACAUUUUAAAACGGAACAACCAGACUUUGAUACAAGAAGAAAAAGAAAGGUUGAGAUAGUGUGAGGUGAGUCAAUGAAAUCUGCGAGAAGAUGGACUACUGCAAAUGAAAACUGGUUUACUUAAAGGAAAAACAAAAGGUACUCCUUUGCACUUCCACUUUUUGUUUGUUUGCUUUUUGUCUUAAAAACAUUCUGGUUACGUAAUCCUCAUGGACUUGACUUUUAACAUUUGAGCAUAUACAAUGCUUUUGUGGCUGCCAUAACAAGCUCAAGGAAGAUUGGAGGUUUGGAUUCAAAAGGACCAUGCUCUCACUUUAAAAAACAGUAAUUAUCACUGUCAGAUAUCACAGUAAACACACAGGCCUGUUUUAUUCUCUGUCCAUAUCAAGAUGAAAAUGUUUAGAUCGUAGAAUUUCAUUAUUUCGGGUCACGUACAGUUGCCUGGCCUGUAGUCCUCUCCUCUCUCUAGCUGGUACAUUGACGUCUCAACAGAGCUAAGCUUCAGUUUAUCUGAAAGUUUUAUCAUGUUAUUAUGGUACAAUUUUUUUAAAAUCAAGUUAUCAUGAUAAAAAAUUAAAUCAGUUUGAUUAGCAAUUUAAAUGAUCACAUAAAUGUCCAAUGUGUUACCUCCUUAAUUUAAAAAAAAAAAAAAAAAAAAAAAGUUUACUGUCUGAGUUCUUUACCACGGUACUGGCUUGUAUCUACAUUUGGUCCCCAGGCGGAUCAAAUACAGAAGUUGAGUUUCCCAAUAAAGUGAAUUA